GGAGCCUGUGAACGUGGGAACGCUGGUGGGCUGCUGCUGCUGCUGCCGCUGCUUGUUUGGAGUGAAAAUUGUUUGACAGGGAGGUCUGGAGACCUGUGCGCAGCGAUUGACAGCAGAAGUUAGUUGCAACUGUGUCGGGGAGCAGUUUUCGAGUCAGCGGGAGAGCCACACUCGGCGGCGUCCAAUGAUUUGCAGGAGUGUAAGCAACAGGGCACGGAGCGAAAUGUCAGGGACUGUUACAGCCUUGAGCAACGGGAAGCGCGACUAGUACACCGCAACGCGGAAAAAAUCCAGGGGAGAGAUAAUGCGAAUGGUGCGAAGAUACCGAAAUCAAACAAAAUGGAAACGAUGUAGCGUCGCUGCGGCACCCCAUAUAGCUAGAACUAACGUUAGAGUAGGAAAUAGAUAGCUAAGGAGCUAGCGCGUCAACUAACAUACAUGUAAAGUUAUUCCCCGGAGAAGCUGAAGCGGAGCCCGGAGGCGUCUGUUGAGUCAUAAGAGUUCAUCAGUGCUGUGAAAUCAAAGAAAUCGGAAGAUGCUGCGGAGAAGACUGAACCGUCUGCUUGGCGGCGAUGAGAGACGAGUUGACAGUCGGACUAUCUACGUCGGUCAUCGGUCGUGUCCUGCCAACGAGGCUUUCAUCCCACCCAAGUUCUGUGAUAACAGGAUCGUGUCCUCCAAGUAUACAGUUUGGAACUUUCUACCAAAGAAUCUCUUUGAACAGUUUAGAAGAAUUGCCAAUUUUUACUUCCUUAUCAUCUUCCUGGUGCAGGUGAUAGUGGACACCCCCACCAGCCCAGUCACCAGUGGCCUACCCUUAUUUUUUGUGAUCACAGUAACUGCUAUCAAGCAGGGAUAUGAAGACUGGCUACGGCACAAGGCGGACAAUGAGGUGAAUAAGUGCCCCGUGACAGUACUAGAAGACGGCCGGAGGAUGCAAAAGGAGAGCGAGAAGAUCAAGGUUGGAGAUGUUCUGGAGGUGGAGGAAGAUGAGACCUUUCCCUGUGAUUUAAUACUGCUGCAGUCGAGCCGCGACGACGACACGUGUUUCGUUACCACAGCAAGUCUGGAUGGAGAGUCCAACCAUAAAACACACUACACAGUGCCAGACACAGAGAAGGACCUGGAAUCCCUCAACGCCACCAUUGAGUGCGAACAGCCACAGCCUGACCUUUACAAGUUUGUCGGACGUAUGCACAUCUAUAAAAGCAAUCAGGAGCCCGCAGUGAGGUCGCUCGGACCAGAAAAUCUGCUGCUGAAGGGGGCGACUUUGAAGAACACUCAGAAGAUCUGUGGUGUUGCAGUUUACACAGGCAUGGAAACAAAGAUGGCUCUUAACUACCAGGGCAAAUCUCAGAAACGCUCUGCUGUGGAGAAGUCGAUCAAUGCCUUCCUUUUGGUUUACCUCUGUAUAUUGGUGAGCAAAGCCCUGGUCUGCACUGUACUGAAGUACGUGUGGCAGAGCAAGCCUGGACAGGACGAGCCCUGGUACAACGAGAAAACACAGAGAGAAAAAGACACCAAUAUGUAUCUUAAGAUGUUCACCGACUUCUUGUCCUUCAUGGUGCUCUUCAACUUCAUCAUUCCGGUGUCCAUGUACGUCACGGUUGAGAUGCAAAAGUUUCUUGGAUCCUUCUUCAUCACUUGGGACAAAGAUUUCUAUGACCCUGAAAUCGAGGAGGGGGCGCUGGUCAACACUUCAGACCUCAACGAGGAGCUGGGACAGGUGGAGUAUGUUUUCACAGACAAGACGGGCACCCUCACCCAAAACAACAUGGAGUUCAUCGAGUGCUGCAUCGACGGCUUCCAGUACAAGUACAGGGACGCGAGCUCCGAGUUGGACGGGUUCUGCGCCACAGAUGGACCUGUGAGCAAACUCCAGCAGAAAGCUGGCAGGGAAAGGGAAGAGCUGUUUCUGCGAGCCCUGUGCCUGUGCCACACAGUCCAGGUGAAGGAGUCCACGGAGCAGGGUCAAAGCCAAGUGGACGGACAGAUAACCCAGAUAGAUGGCUUAGUGGGAGACGGAGAUGCGUCUCAUCGACCGCAGGAGCAGAGGGGCUUUAUAGCCUCCUCGCCUGAUGAGGUUGCUCUGGUCAAGGGUGCGAUGAGGUACGGCUUCACAUUUCUAGGUCUGGAAAGUAAAACGAUGAAAAUCCUCAACAGGAGCAACGAUGUUGAAAUCUAUGAGCUGCUUCACGUGUUGAACUUUGACCCUGUGAGAAGGCGCAUGAGUGUGAUAGUCCGAACCAAAUCAGGUGAUACACUGCUUUUCUGUAAGGGAGCAGACUCUUCCAUUUUCCCCCGAGUCAGACAAGAGGAAGUUGAGCGGAUACGCUUGCACGUUGAGCGGAACGCAACAGAGGGCUACCGAACACUGUGCGUGGCCUACAAACAUCUGAGCGCAGAGGAGUACGCCCAGGCAGAUGAAGGACUGAAGGAAGCCAGACUGGCUCUGCAGGACAGGGAGGAAAAGCUCAUGGCUGUUUACAACCAAGUAGAGACGGGUAUGAGCCUGAUCGGAGCCACCGCUGUGGAGGACCGACUUCAGGAGGAGGCUGCAGAGACCAUGGAAGCCCUGCAGGGGGCCGGCAUCAACGUGUGGGUCCUCACAGGCGACAAGAUGGAGACGGCCAAGUCCACCUGCUACGCCUGUCGACUGUUCCAGAGGAACACCGAGCUGUUGGAGCUGACGGUGCGAACGCUGGAGGACGGAGGCCGGAGGCGCGAGGAGCGACUGCACGAGCUGCUGCUGGAGUACCACAAGAAAGCCGUACAGGAUGCACCGCCAGCGAAGGGGGGCGUCACCAGAAGCUGGUCUGUGGCCAAUCAGGAUUACGGUUUCAUCAUCGACGGAGCCACUCUGUCGAUGGUGCUCAACUCGUCCACUGAAUCCAACUCGAGUCGCUACAAGAACCUUUUUCUGCAGAUUUGUCAGAACUGCACGGCCGUGCUGUGCUGCCGCAUGGCUCCCCUCCAAAAGGCACAGAUCGUUAAGAUGGUGAAGAACUCUAAAGGCAGCCCGAUCACCCUCUCCAUUGGAGAUGGAGCCAACGACGUCAGCAUGAUUUUGGAAGCUCAUGUUGGCAUUGGCAUUAAGGGCAAAGAGGGUCGACAAGCAGUGAGGAACAGUGACUAUGCCAUCCCCAAACUCAAGCACCUUAAGAAACUGUUGCUGGCUCACGGACAUCUCUACUACGUCCGCAUUGCACAUCUGGUGCAGUAUUUCUUUUAUAAGAAUCUUUGUUUCAUCCUGCCGCAGUUUUUGUACCAGUUCUUCUGCGGCUAUUCCCAGCAGCCUCUGUAUGAUGCCGCCUAUCUGACGAUGUACAACAUCUGCUUCACCUCUAUGCCCAUCCUGGCUUACAGCCUUUUGGAGCAGCACAUUUGCAUGGAGGUUCUCCUGGACAAUGCCACCCUCUACAGGGAGAUUGCCAAGAAUGCAAUGUUACGUUGGGGGCCGUUCCUCUACUGGACGCUACUGGGGGUCUUCCACGGCCUGCUUUUCUUUUUCGGUGUUCGGUUUUUGUUCAGUAACUCGGCGCUGCAGGACAACGGCCAGGUUUUUGGAAACUGGUCAUAUGGAACCAUUGUGUUCACCGUCCUCGUCUUCACUGUGACGCUGAAGCUGGCCCUGGACACACGGCACUGGACGUGGAUCAACCACUUCGUCAUCUGGGGUUCCCUGGCUUUCUAUGUGUUUUUCAGUUUCUUCUGGGGAGGAAUAAUAUGGCCUUUCCUGAGGCAGCAGCGGUUGUACUUUGUGUUCGCCAACAUGCUGAGCUCGGUGACGGCCUGGCUGGUCAUCAUCCUCCUCAUCGUGCUCAGCCUGCUGCCAGAGAUCCUGCUGGUGGUGUUCCGCAAACCCCGCGGCCCCCACGCUCGCCAGAAGAAGCUGGUUCAGUCGAGCGUGGGGGGCCUCCAGUCUCCCCGGUCUUCAGCCAGGCCCCUGCUCAUGAGAACCUUUUCAGAUGAGUCCAAUACUGUCAUUUAAACAGCCGUCAGACGAUGGCCUCCUGCAAACAUCCAGAGUGCGGCAGUCACGCCGCUGUCCUACAAGCACCUGAAGGAGCGCGAGUGAAAACGGCGGCGAGGACGCGCAACGCCCGCGGCGCCACGAGCCUCGUUCAGGGUCCGGCUGCAGCCGGAGCUGCCUGUCGUCCCAAUCCGGUGUCUCCAGGGGUCUAAAGUGGUUUCAGCGGUCUCUUGACCGGCUCUUCUCCGUCCUCAACCCCCCCCCCCAUGCAUGCCUGCAGAGCAGCGCCCUGCGUUAUUUUAUAAGCGGUCUCCUCAGACGACAGGCAUGGUUCUUUUUCCUUUCUUUCACUUCUUUUUAAUACUAGCUUACAGAUGAAUGCAUACAUGGCUGCCUUUUCAGUAGCUCUAUCCAAACUGCUGUACUUCAACCAGCGGUUGUAAAAAAAAAAAAAAAAAAAAUCCUCUCCAAGAAUGGUACCAUCUGCAUGACAGAAGGCUCUCCGGACAUGUCACUCCACUAAUAUCCAGUCACAGCGUUCUCCCAACGGUUAUAUUUAUAGAAACUAUUCUACUUCCCACUUAAUAUCAAUAGUUAUUUUUACAUGCUUAUAGCAUAUUUUGCGAGCGCUCGUGUUCAGAGUUGUGAUGAAAAGUUACUGAAGGAGAUUUCUGUCUAUUCUAGUUGGGAGCAGCAUCCAGAAGGCUUCUGCUGUUUGACAGUUACAUGACGAUUAUUUUUCUGUAGUCUCUGUUGAGCGCUUAAUGUAAGAUUAAUCAACAGAGGCAAUAUAUUACCACUCAGUCCAAAAAGCACGUGUGCGCCUGUGUGUGUUUGAGAGAUAGAUUAGAGAUGACCUAAAACCUCCAACCUCAGAGAUAAUUUAUGAAAGUGAAAUUAAUAUGAGAAAGUUAAUAUAUGUGCUAUAUUGUAUAUAGCUGAAUGAUGUUUGUUAGCAUCUGCUCAAAGCCAAAAAGAGAAACGUAAACACGAUCAGAUUCUGUCCACGUGUGCGUUUGUGUGUGUGUAUGUGUGUGUGUGCGCGUGCUGGAUGAGAAUAGCCACAAAUGCCUGCGUGUUUUGGAAAAAAAAAGAAACAGGAUUACUUGAACUUUGUCGAUAUAGUUCAGUUUGACAUUUCCUGCACUAUUUACAGAAACUGGUUUAUUUAUCAGUUCGAUGGUCACUAAGGCACAUCAGUGUAUGCCUGAGCACACAUGUACACACACAUCAGACACACACACACACACACACAGUGUAAGAGUUUGCACACAUGCACUGAAGCCUAAAAUGAGGUAUUUAUGUUCAUCAGCCAUUAUCUACUCCGUCAAGCGUGAGCAGGAAUGUGAAGAAAAUUCCCUCCAGAUCUGCAGAGUCAUGAGUUCAUGUCACCGCGACACUCCGCUCUCUCCGAGAGGAAACUCUGGCUUCCUGUUCCUCCUCUUCUCUUCCCGUGUGUUGUGCUUCAUACAUUCCAUUUAGACAUGAUUUCACACACUUUUUGAUACUGCUUUUGAUUUUUAUUUUCCCUUCUUCACACAUUUAUUGUCUACUCUGUGUAUUUAUUAAGUAUACUCACAAAUGUUAUAUUUUUAUUACAUAAAUCUUUUUUUUUUUUUUUUAAAUUGUGGAGCGUGUUCGGUUGUUCUACCGCUUGGAGUUGAGUUGUUGAGUUAGCCUCUUUUACUCCAGCCCUGAUGUGAAUCCUGUCCUGUUGUCAUUGUCCUGCGUACAGAGACAGGCAGCCCCACACAAACACACCCCCUACUUACCAAAAAAGAAAAAAAAAUCAGCCUCAGAACCAGUUUCACUCCCUUUUUGCCGUGUUUGACCUCGUCUCACAUCAUUAAAUGUUCAUGAAGACGUUGGGGUAUGAUGAUUUUCACUUCGCUGACUCCUGCUGUACCUUCCAGUACCGGCCUUCUGCUGAAAUUGCAGACUGUAGCCUGACGUUGUUGCUACGGUACGUCUGUUGAACAGCAAAUGUCAUGAUGCCAAAUGGAGAUUUAAGAAGUUGAGCUGUUUUCAACAACAAAACAAUUCCAUGCCUUCGAGUGUCAUUUACUACCAAGGCCGUUCAUGUAAAAAAAAAAAAAAAAAAAAAAGAGGAGGCGGUUUUUUUUUUAACAGACGUGUGUCACCUCCAGACUGCACUGUGUCAGAAACCCUGUGAGAGGACACACCGAGAGGGGCUGCCUGCUUUCUUAACAAAGACGAAACCUUUAACUUACAUCAAAAAUGCUAUUUUCAAAGCCGAUUAUAUGUUUGAAUCUAAUGUUUUGCCUGUUCAAAGUUAUAAGAAAAAAAAGAAGAAGAAUGGACUGUAUUUUUAAUGCAACCUUUUUCCAGCCACUUUUGUAAGAAAUAAAAAUGUUAAAAUGUCACAAAAAAACAAAACAAAAAAAAAAAAAAAAACAAAA